AACCGUCAUAGUCCCCUCUGCAGUUCAUUUCAUAUAAUUGCUCUGUUCUCUCCCUCAUACCCCUGUUCUACCAUUACACUCUUUUACUGCUCUCUUCCAAAAGCUAAACAACAAACUUCGUAUCAAUUUCCUGGCAUGGCAUCAUCUGAUGAGCCAGAGGCAGUUUCAAGGGAUGUUAAGGACAAAGAGCACAAGGAAGAUGAGAAAGAGGAAGGAAAAGGUGGAUUUAUUGAGAAGGUGAAGGAUUUCAUUCAUGACAUUGGCGAGAAGCUCGAGGGAGCUAUUGGAUUUGGGAAGCCAACUGCUGAUGUUGCAGGGAUUCACAUCCCUUGUAUAAAUCUGGAGAAGGCAGAGUUUGUUAUUGAUGUUCUCAUUAAGAACCCAAAUCCUGUUCCUAUCCCUCUGAUUGACAUAAACUACUUGAUUGAGAGUGAUGGAAGGAAACUAAUUUCAGGGUUGAUCCCGGAUGCUGGGACGAUUCAGGCACAUGGUGAGGAGACUGUCAAAAUACCAGUUACUCUGAUUUAUGAUGACAUAAAAAACACGUAUAGUGAAAUUAAGCCCGGAAGCAUAAUUCCAUAUAGGAUCAGGGUUGAACUCAUCGUGGACGUGCCUGUUUUUGGGAGACUAACUCUACCACUUGAGAAAACUGGAGAGAUCCCCAUACCUUACAAGCCUGACAUUGAUAUUGAGAAAAUAAAAUUUGAGAGGUUCUCUUUUGAAGAAACUGUUGCAAUUCUUCAUUUGAAAUUGGAAAAUAAGAAUGACUUUGACUUGGGCGUCAAUGAACUAGACUAUGAGGUUUGGCUGUGUGAUGAGAGCAUCGGAAGUGCAGAACUCUCAGAAUCCACAAAAAUUGAUAAAAAUGGAAUCAGUUACAUCAAUAUUCCCAUCACCUUCAGGCCCAAGGACUUUGGCUCUGCAAUUUGGGACAUGAUGAGAGGAAAAGGCACUGGUUACACCAUGAAAGGAAAUAUUAAUGUGGAUACACCCUUUGGGGCAAUGAAGUUACCCAUCAGCAAGGAGGGUGGUACUACGCGUCUCAAGAAGAAGAAAGAAGAUCGCGGGGAUGAUGAUGAUGAUGAUGACGACGAUGAGGAGUGGUAAUAUUAGCAGCUGUGGUAUGUUUAUCAGCAGUGGUCCAUUAGAAUAAUAGAUCUCAAGGCUUUUGCUUCCGAGUGUUGAUACACAUCUCUUGCAAGCUGAAGUCGAGUAGCUUUACUCAUCCAUAUUUACGUUUGUGUUAUUGUGAUGGAUAUGUCUGGCACUUUUUAGCUUGCAUACCGCUCUAUUGUUGAUACCUUUGGGCGGCAGAUGAGACUGUUGUUUUUCACUUUGUGAUGAUGGUGAAUAUUAAUGAUUCAACUUAUAUAAGACAUUACUAUGAGUGUUCUGUU